AUGUGCAACGUUUGGCAGAGUAAAAAGCCUCAGUUUAUAAUAAAAUGCUCUCAAGCAAAAUUAAAUUUGCAACCACACCGGGGGAGAAGCGAGCUUUACAGAGCUUCUCAAAGAAGGAAAAGCAGAAAGAGUAUUGACAGGAUUAGGGAAGGGAUUCCUGAGCUUAGGAACGAGGAAUCCAAAACUACUGCCACCAAUGGUGAGCUGAUUAAAACUGUGCAUGGGCAAAGAACAAAGGAGAAGAACAAAAUAAAGGAGGCUGAGAAAUAUAACUGUGACAAUCACCUGGUGUCGGAUUUGCAUCGCUGGGCCUUCAACUCGUCCUCGGAGUUCUCGAGCAGCCACAGCCCGGGCUACGCCAAGCUGAACAGAAGAGAUGGUGCUGGUGGAUGGUCGCCUUUGGAGUCUAACAAGCACCAGUGGCUGCAGAUAGAUCUGGGGGAGAGAACGGAGAUGACUGCUAUUGCCACCCAAGGCCGCUAUGGAAGCUCAGACUGGGUGACGCGCUACCUGCUGAUGUUCAGUGAUACGGGCAGGAACUGGAAGCAGUAUCGUCAAGAAGAUAGCAUUUGGGUAGGAAGCUUGAUUAAAUAACGUAACUUGUUUAAU